GGGCAAGAGCAACGGCUCAUCGUGGAUGACACAUGCAUCAACAUGGUCACAGGCACACCCAGGUUUGCUUUCUUCGGGUGAAGCAGGAAUACCACACAAGACUUUUAGAAGCCUGAGACAAAGACUCCUAGACAAGACAGGAAGAUGGCUUAUAAAGUCGGCACAACCUUCAUCAUGGCCAGUCCCGGUCCCGCCAUGGACAUUCACAAACACCACCAUCAGCCAACUCCACAAACAACAACAUCAACAACAUCCUGAACAAUAACACCAGCCCCUCUGCAAUGCAAGGCGACAUCUUCCAGCUCGAAGACAUCCUCAGGCACCAAGCCCAGGACCCCAUCACCCCUCCCCCAAAGGCCGCCCUCGCCAUCAGGCACUACUACUACGACGACGAGGCCGAGUCCCCCAUCAUCUCCGUCUACAACGAGGACGACAUCUCUGCAUAUCUCUUCCACGGGAUAUCCCCAGUCGCGUCCUUCCACCAAGACGACGACGCGGUCCAGGACUACACACCCGUCAAGACCGCGCCCGUCAGGGACGAGGCACCCACCAGCACAAGUACCAGCCAGGCGCACUACCUCGAGGCCAUCGCGGGUGCGUUUGACGACUACUACACCGACGCCCCCAGCGUCAUCCUCGCCGACACCACUGCCACUCCCGCCAAACACUAUCCGCGUCACAAGAGCACCAAAAAUAACAACAACAUCCGCUUCUCAGUCUACCAGUACCACUCUGACGACGAGGACGAGUGUGCCAUCUCCACCGACGACGAGGACAACGACGAGGACUUGUACAGCAACAGCAGUAGCGGCAGCAGCAACAACGGCGACCCAGUGACACGCACCGCCAACACGAGCCGCCCCUGCCGGCACUUCCACACCCACCACAUCGGCUCCCCGCCCGGCAGCGACAUGCCACCCGUCCGGCCCGUGCUGGACCGCAAGCGCGACAGUGCGGCGGCGGCAGAGGCCCGGCGCUCGCAGGCACUGCAGCAGCCCGGUGCCGCCGCCGUCAAGGCUGCUGCUGGAUUCGCAGCGCUUCCAGCGGAGCAGCAUGUCGAUCACAUCGAGGGCCCGCUGAUGAGCUGGUGGCCGCUGCCCGUGGAGCAGCUCGAGUUCGACUGGAAUGAGAGGUUCUAUGAGUAAUAACGAGCAAGUGUGGGGUGUGUUUAUAUGUGUAAUGACUUUCCUCUUCUGUGGCGGGACUGCAGAACAUUCAACGUGUACAACAAUUACGGGGCAAUCUUUGGCGUAUUGGGGCAUUGCUUUAAAUGGGCAAAAGAAUCGGUGUUUAGGGAACUUGCAAAAAUAUACAUCACGACUUUUUUGUUCUGA